UCCGGUUACUUGAAAAAAGAUACGCCUAUCGUUUUAAAACAGAAAUGUGCAAACUAAUUACUUUGCUUCUGAAAGUUGCUUUAAUAGUGACCAAGUAGUUUGUUUCAAUUAGUCCUCCCAAGACUGGUGUUUAAAAGCAUAUAGAAUUGGAACGCUACUAAACUGGUGACUUGCCACUGUGACAGAACAGCUAGGCCACUGACGAUACAUUCAAAGUGCUGGCGAGUCCAGGCGAGGAUGCAGAGCGGCCAGCAGGACCCCCAGAGGCAGGAGGAGGAGGACAGGGAGGAUGACAUGACCGGUGGAGACCUGGGGUACGGGCUGGGCAUGAAGCCUGGUGGGAUUUACGAGAAAGGUGUGAAACCACAGAAUCCUGACGGCCUCGGUCUGGCUCCCGCUGCGCGCCUGAGGAGCGUUUCUUUCAAGUGGACGGCUUACACCGCCCUGCACACCGUGUUUCAAAAGCGUCCUGGACGCUGGAGACUGAACAGUGAGGUUUCCCCAGAUGUGAUGUGUGAUCUUUCCAAUGAAGAGCUGAAGCAGAGGCUUCAGGAGGUUGCAGAGGAGGCAGAUAUCCUGAGAAGUGAGCUUGAAGUGACCCAACGGCAGCUUGAAGGAAAAUGCGAAGCCUUGAAGAUACUGCAGAGCCGGGCUGUGUUUGACAAAGCUACCACACACACUAAAACCCUGCUUCAGAAAAGCGAAGAAAGAAAUAAGCUCUUAGAAAAGGAAGUAAAUGCACUGCAGUGGGAAAUUGCAUUCAACCAAGUGCAGUUCAAGAACAUCGAGCAGUCGUGGAAGGAGAAAUACCAGAGGGUGUGCAGUGAAAAUGAGACUCUGACUGGGGCCCUCGAGGUGAAUGCAAGCCAGCUGCAGGAGCUGAAGUUAGAAAAUUCUUAUCUGAAUCAGCAGCACCUGGAGCUUCUUGCCAUGCUCAGUGUGAAGGAACAGAAGAUGUUUCAAGAGUCCUUGCCUCCGAGCAGUGGCGGUGUGAGAGAGGGAACAGCUUUAGAGCUGGCUGUGCUAGGAGCGUGCAGCUGCAGUGUCAGUGGAGGGGAGCCCUGUCCUUGCGCCAAAUCAGCAGCCGCCAGCCGCACGCAGGUCCUACAGCUCAAACAAGAGCUCGACACACAGAGGGAGUGGAAGGAGGAAGCCUUUGUGAUGGCAGACGCAUUCCGAAUUGCUUUCGAGCAGCAGCUGAAGCGCCGAGCUGACCAGACUCUGCUACUGAUGGAGGCAGACCCCUUCCUCAGGAAGGAACCCUCAAGAGCAAAGAAGGUCAAUGGCGAAGCGGGCACUCUCACCAUGGGGCAGAAGCUGAAGGGGAUACUGGGUUCCAGUGCAGACUGUGAGAAGCUGGAGGCGAUGGAUGACCCCGAGGAGAUCCUGCAAAUGCUGUUGGACCUGCUCAAUGACAAGGAGGAGGCUUUGGCACAUCAGAGGAAGGUCAGCUACAUGCUGGCUCACAAUGCUGAAAAGCUGGAAGGACACAUCAAACAGAUGAAAGGCACAAAUCCUCUUGGAAAUGCUGAUUCAGCGGGGGAGAGCGGCACAAAUCAACGCUGCCACGAGCCCUGGAGCCAGCACCACUGUCCUGGAACGAGAUUUCACAAACCUGACGAGGGCUUACAUAAUGUCAGGGGAGAACUCUGAAAUAAGAAAGACACUGUCUCUCUGGGGAAGCGCUGCCUUCGCAAGACCACACAACCGUUUCUGGUAUCAGCGAAGACAAGGACAGAAGCAGCAACAGGCGCAAUGAGCUGCCAAGCCAGCGAGACAGCCUGUGCGGUGCCUCCAAGAAAAGAACAUCUCAGGCUGGGCAAGGACUCAAUCAGGAGUGAUCAGCAAUGUUCAGUAUCAUAUCUGACAUUGCACCAGGCGACAGGUCCGGGACUCAUCUUAAAAUGACCUGUUAACUGGGAUGGCUAACUCAUUGUGCAUGUUAGCUGGUCGAAAGCAUAUUGAAAAUGUGUAUGUAGAAUUUAUUAUUGUUAAUCAAUCAAUACAUCAUCGAUGGUGUGUCAGUGUUAU